UCUCAACGUUGCUAGAUCUACGCGAAACUAAACGCUCUACAAAAUGUUUGCCAAUCAAAUCACCGGAUUGCUGAUUUGCCUCGAGUGUUGCCUGCUGGCGAGUGGAGCCUUUGUGCCCGUGAAGGAGGCACGGGAUGAGGAUAAUACAGAGUUUAGCAACACAGGUUCCACGCUGGAACUAGUCCAUUUGCUCUUUCGUCAUGGCCCACGCACGCCUGUAAACACAUUUCCCAAGGAUCCCCAUUUAAACAACACCUACGAACCUUACGGCUGGGGUCAACUAACCAAUGGUGCCAAAGUGGAGCUCUAUAAAAUUGGCAAACAGCUACGCAAGCGAUAUAAGGACUUCUUGCCAUCCUACUAUCAACCCAAUAUGUUGCACGCACAGGCCACACAAUCAUCACGCACCAUUAUGUCCCUGCAGAUGGUGCUGGCCGCAAUGUUUCCGCCGGAGAAUACGCCUUUGGAGUGGAAUAUGAUGCUGAACUGGCAGCCCAUUCCAAUCUUUACAGAGCCGGAGGCAACUGAUACUAGAUUACGCCAGAAUAUUCCCUGCCCCCGCUAUGAUGAGGCAGUUUGGGAAGUAAUGCAUCUACCGGAGGUGGUCGCAUUGCAUGAGGAGAACUCGCAGCUUCUUAAGAAUCUCACUGAUCUGACAGGUUUCAAUGUGAGCUAUUCCCAUGAUGUGACCAAUAUCUUCAUAUCGCUGCAAACACAACAGGCGUAUGGUCUGGAGCUGCCCGAGUGGAGCAAGGAAUACUAUCCGGACAGGAUGAGACUUAUGGCAGAAAAAUCCUAUUCGUAUGACGCUUACACGACGGAGAUGCGCAAGAUGAAAGGUGGCUUCUUUCUCCAAGACAUGUACAAGCAAAUGCAGUCCAAGAUCUCGGGAAAUCUUGAGCCAGCUGGCAGGAAAAUGUACGCCUAUUGUGCACACGAUUGGUCCGUAUCGAAUGUGCUUAACGCUCUGGAUGUUUGGGGUACCCAAAUGCCCCGUUUCUCAGCUCUGAUAGCCUUUGAGCUCCACAAACGCAACGAUACCGGGGAGUACUUUGUAGAAAUUUACUUUCAAAAUGAUCCCAACAAGAGGCCAAAGCUCCUGAAGGUGCCAGGCUGCGAUAAACAGUGUCCCAUUGAGAAGCUCUUAGAGCUGACUAAGAAUGUUCUUCCCGAUGCUCCCUACGAGCAACUCUGCGUCGCCAAGGGAACCAGUGAUGGCUCUCGUAUUAGCUAUCAUUAAGUAAUAUUUAUGUAAACUCUAAAUAUACCUUAAACUACUGUAAACUAUACGUUUUUUCAAUCACAUCUUCUAUAAUAUGUAAUUUAGAGUGAUAUUUGAUUGAUUUGCACGCCACUGAAACAACCUAUACCAAUCUGGAAAUCACUGUGCGUGUUUUGUUGUUAUGGUACACCAGAAGGUGGUUCGAAAAGUUUUAUCAAGCACUAUACAUGCGUCAUAUCCAUGUCGUAUCCGUUCCACAAC